AUGAGCUCCGUGAAUGGGACUAAGCCCGCAGUGGUCUGCGUAUUCUGCGGCUCCGUCUCCGGCACCAACCCCCGCCACAUGGAAGCCGCGCGCCAACUCGCGCACGAAUUCCAUAAGAACAACAUCCACCUCGUGUAUGGCGGCGGCACAGCAGGUCUAAUGGGCACGAUAGCCCGUGAACUGGUCAAACUCUCCGGCCCGCAAGCCGUGCACGGUGUGAUCCCGCGCGCAUUAGUAAAGGUAGAACCGGGGUACGACAAUGCAACGGAGCAUCCCGCAGACACAGACCCAAAUGCAGGAGUCCAGCAAGCGCGGUCCGGCAAGGACGCGGAAAGAAUCAUCCCAGCCGCUAGUACUACUACCACUACCAAUGGCACUACUGCGAAGACAAAGGAGUCUAUGUUCAAGGAAUCCGAGUACGGGACGACCACGAUCGUGGCUGAUAUGCAUGCGCGAAAGCGGCUUAUGGCGACGAAGGUGCAGGAGGGAGGGCCUGGGAGUGGGUUUGUGGCGUUGGCGGGGGGAUUCGGGACGAUUGAGGAGGUGAUGGAGAUGACGACGUGGAAUCAGUUGGGGAUUCAUGGGGCUGGGGUGGUGGUGGUUAAUGUGGAUGGGUAUUGGGAUGGGGUGUUGGCGUGGGUGAGGAAGGCCGUGCAGGAGGGGUAUAUUGGGGAGGAGAAUGGGGGGAUUCUCGUCGAGGUGAAUGAUGUUAAGGAUGUUUGGCCAAGGUUGAAGGGGUAUAGGGUUAGUAAUGGGAGGAUGAGGUUGAAUUGGGGGGAGGAAUAG